GGGGGGGGGGGGUACUAUUAAACAGAUUGUUUUCCAACGCUUGGAUCUUCAUCGAAAAUGAAACUCCUGUGGAAUCAGGACAAAAAUAAAAUUGUUGUAUUUAAUUGUUUUUAAUAUUCGUUUGCAGAAACCGUUGUAGAAAUUUACUGUGUUCAUAAUGACGACGACGCCGAGGGUGACUGAGCUUACUGCACCGGCAUCGGAAGACCUGACCAUCGUGGAUAAUAGGCUGUUCAAAGCUAUAUGUUUACAUCAAAUACUUGACCCCACCAAAGGUGGUAAUCGAUAUUACAGAUUGGCGUUCAUGGUGGUCAUGUGGGUGUCGCUAAGCGUGCAGAUCAUACAGUUGGUCGGCCUUUACUUCGCAGUCAACGACCUGCAGCGGUUCGCGUUCACUACUACGGUGAUAUUCAACGCGUUGCUUUGCCUGUCCAAGGGAUACGUAUUGGUGGUGAACGCAGACAGGCUGCGCGCCAGCCUGGAAGUGGCCCGGUAUGAGUUCACGUCGUGCGGCGCCCGGAACCAGCGCUUAGUGCGCCGGUCCCGGGCCGUGUUGUCCACGAUUCUUCGUACGUUCGCCGUACUCAGCUGGGUUACGUGUUUCAUCUGGGCGUUGACGCCGCUGUUCGCGAUGGACGAAUACCUCCAGGUGACGAAUGCGGACGGCACCGUCUCCCGUUACCGGGUUACCAUAUACAACGUGUGGUUACCGGUGCCGGCAACCGUGUACAACGAGACGACCGUCUGGUCGCUCGUCUACGCGGUCGAGGUGAUCGCGUGCUUCGUAAACGUGUUCAGUUGGUUGCUGUUCGACAGCUAUGUGGUGACAAUGUGUUUCACGUUCAACGCUCAGUUCCGCACUGUGUCAGCCAGUUGUACGACCAUCGGCCACCACAGUGACUCUUUCCGAUCGCCGCCCCCGCACGCCCCCGAGGGUACAAAUGAUGAUAAUAAUACAUUUAAUUGUUAUGAUGAACUGAUCAACCGCAUAAAAGAUAAUCAAAGUAUAAUAAAGAUAUAUGAUGAUUUUUUUGAAAUUUUACAACCUGCCAUCUUAUUCCAAAUAAUCGGUGGAUCGUAUUCUGUAAUAACAUUAAUAUUUCUCACUUCCCUGACGUAUCUUAUGGGUUUUUCAAUUAUAUCCAUACCAGUUUUAAAAGUAUUUUUUGGUUUUUUAUCAGUUACUUUUGAACUCUUCUUGUAUUGUUAUGUAUUCAACCACAUAGAAACUGAGAAAUGUAAUAUGAAUUUUGGAUUGUAUAGUAGUAACUGGACUGCAAUGGAUUUAAAAUUUAAAAAGACAUUGUUGUUUGCUAUGAACACGAACUCAUCUCACAGGCGAGUGAUGAAAGUGACACCAAUGUCUAUCAUAAAUCUAGAAAUGUUCGCCAAUGUGAUGAACAUGUCAUACUCAAUAGUGUCUGUACUAUUAAAUUCAAGAGUCCAGAAAUGAAAUGUACUAAUUUAUGAAUUCAACUAAUGACAGCGAGUAAAAUAUUAGAUAAUAUUAGUUAAAUCACAUUGUAUGUUUAAAAUAUAAACAUCAAAUUACUUAUUUCUUUAGUAAUAAAAUUAUGAAACUGACUUGUUGUAGAUAUUAUAUCAAGGAUGUUAGAUUUCGUUUAUUUUUUUUAUUUAAAAUAAGAGAACAUUUUGCAAAUAGGAUUAAAGCUCGAUUUUCAAAAUUAUAUUUAUAGAAGCUAAAAUAUGUAUUUUAUAAUUUACAAUACCUAUAAGUUCAUUUUCAAACGUAUUUUUCUAUUACUAGAGAGUAAAAUGAAAAUUUGGACAACGAGGCAUGACAGUUUUUCCUAUGAUGUAAUUUUUGUUGAUAUAAUACACCGAAUAUAUUAUAACCCAUAUCAACCCCCUGCCCACUUACAGGCAUUUAGCAGUAGAUUAGUGGACAAACAAAUAAAACUUAUUUAUAAAAUACAAUUUUCAAAUGUUUUAA